AUGGUGUGGAACGUUCAAGGUGUGGGUAGUAAACCCUUUGUUACCGCGCUUAAAGACUUAGUACCCAUUUACAAGCCCAAUGGUAUUGCGCUUGUGGAACCACAUAUGGGGGGAAACCAAGCCCUUUCAAUUGCCUCGACUCUAGGCUACUCUGGACAUACCCGUGUUGAUGAUAUGGGUUUUAGUGGAGAAAUUCGGAUUUUCUGGAAACCGGAUAUUGUCACCGUGGAACCUAUCAUUAAGCAUAAUCAACAAAUUACUAUAGACAUUAAGAGAGUUGGAGCAAUUCCUUCGUAUUUUACAGCUAUAUAUGCGAGUCCUGACCCAAUGAAACGUAGAGAGUUAUGGAAUGAACUACGAGAAUUUUCCAUGACACAUAACAAGCCAUGGCUCAUUGCGGGAGAUUUUAAUGAUACAAGUUUUUCGUCAAAGAGAAGUAGUGCUUGCUAUGAGACAACGGGACGAGCAACGAGAUUUGAUGGAUGGGUGGAGGAGAUGGACUUAAUAGAAGUUGAAUUUGUUGGAGCCUUGAUGAAUUUAAAAGUGAUAACGCAAGUGCACGGUGUCUGUUGUUAG